UUCGCUCUUGUUGUAUCACUGUCUAAGUCAGUAAGUGUCUUCGUGUGCGUUCAGAUCUUUUCACUAAAAAAAGAGAAAAUAAAGAAUGACUUCAGUCUAGAGUUGAGGUAGAUCUACUUUGAGAACGGACAGUAGUCAGUAGAUCUCCGCUAGGUGUCCGGGUUUUUAUUUGGGGUGGCCAGGAGGUUGGACAGUCUGGUAAUCUGGUAAUGGUAUCCUGGCGACUCGGAGGUCUUGUCGAAAAUGUCGCGACUUAGCAAAGAAGAGCUUGUGAAAAUUCAAGAGGGUUUGCAGAAGGACGGAUUCUAUGUCUUACGCGGGCUCAUACCCACUGAGACGCUGGAUGAGGCUGAGGAGCACCUGGACACCAUAGUCGACAGUCUAGCACAGCACCAACUGGAUAAUAACGUGACAGAGUCUCUCUUCAGAAAUGAGCCAUUUGAUAAGCGAUUGGUGCACGUCUACCGAGAUCGUUUGAAUGAAGCUCCGAAGAUUUUCCGUAGCGAACUUCACCUGGCAGGAUUGUUCCCAAUCUUCUUCAACGAGAACCUGUUGGACAUAGCAGAACAUGUGCUUGGUACAAGUGAGAUACGUCUCUAUCCGAAUUACACAUGUCGACCUAAAGUGCCCGGUGGUACUGAGCGACACACGGUCUUGUGGCAUCAGGAUGCAGGGUACACUGGGAGCAAGACUUGGCAUGCCCUCAAUGACUAUACCGAUGAGCAGCUUGACGCUGCGUUGAGAUGCAUGGUGAACGUAUGGAUCCCACUGGUGGACGUCACGGCCAACAACGGCUGCAUGCAGUUCAUUCCUGGGUCGCAUCGCAAUGGCGUCCAACCGCACGUCGAACGCAAGGAGUACCUGGAACUAGAUGCGGACAUUAUGAAAACCUGCGUUCACCAAGCCGUUGAUAUGGACGCGAAACGUGGCGACGUCAUUCUGUUUGGUCAGUACCUGUACCACUGCGGCCUUCCAAACAAAUCUGACACUGUUCGCUGGUCACUAGACUUCAGGUUUCAAGACGCAGCAGCAUCGACGCUGCGCAAAGAGCCCGGCCAUUUAGCUAGAUCCAAAGUGAGCCCUGACGCUGUUGUGAAGGAUAGCGACCACUGGUGCAGGCUCGAGCUAGGUGGUGAGAACCCGAAGUAAACAGUGACUACAAACUAUGACAGUAGUCGUAUUCACAUAAUUCAGGCUGUGACACAGUGUAGCAUCAGUGGGUCA